AACUCUUCUUAACAGAAACAUAAAGUUAGAAUCCGUCAAAGAAUCUUGUGAGUAUUCACAUACGAGAACCUUGUCGCCUUCUACAUCUCACUACGGAGUAUCAUCUCCUGCAUUAGUCAAGAUCCUUGUCAGCCAGUCAUAUGCAAGUACAACGCCUCCUAGGCUAUGCAGCAGCAUCCUUGCCAUGGGUGUGCUCGCCAAUCUGCUCGCCAAUCGCACAUGAAAGGGAAAUUACUAUGUAGGGGAUUGGCCAAGUCAACAGCAAUCAGCCUUGCUCUGCCUCAGUAGCACUGCGAUCCCGAAGCGUCCGAGCUGAACCUGAAACGGCGUUCCUCAUCGAUAGAGGGCAGGGAUUCCCGAAGUUCAACGUUAUUUGGUUGAUAUCACCUCGUAUACGGGCCUCAGUCAAAGCCGGCCUGCCUGUCCUGGGUAUCCACCUGGGUAGAUUUCCAUUUGGCGUUCCCGCAUGCAGAGUCGUUUACGGUGAGUAGCAUAAAAAGGGGAGUCCCCCCUCUAGAUGCUUCUGUUCAUCAUGUUCCUGAAUCCCACGAUGAACGCCACGCAGUGCCGCGAAAACACCCAAGCUCUGUCGGUCGCCGAUGUGGCGGCGAAUGGGGUCCUCAGCGAUUUCCUUGUCGGGGUUGUCCUCGUUGUCCUGCAUCUACUCCCACCUCUCCAUGUGCUUGAAAAUAUGGAGAGGCGCCUUGGCGAAACGUCGCUGCCGCUCUUCCAAACCGCAGCAAUUCUCGGUCUAUCCUGGAACGUAGCAAGUGUAUACCUGCUCGCGUCCAGCCCUCGAACAAACCAUAGUGCGGAGGCGACUUGGUUAACCUCAAGUUCGUCCUUGUCGAUCGGCUUCGGGGCCUUACACACACGCUGGACCCACAAACGUCCUGAAUGGACGUGGCUUGUGGUGUUCUUUGUCUCCUUUCCCCUGUGUGCAGGGGUGAACGUGCUGGCCGCCCGCCGAGUCUUUGGCGAGGAAAUCCCGGUUGAGAGUUGCCUCAAAUUCUUUCAAGACUAUCGAGAAGCAAUACGGCACACGUUCAUAGUACACUCUGUUUUGUUCUGGGCAAGCUCUUUCGUCAUGCUGUUUCUCCUGCUUUUAAGGCCGGUUGUGGACGGCAACACCAGACAUCGGGACGCGGACGUUGACACCGAACAUCAGAACACUAAGCGCAAUACCAACAAGGGUAUCCGAGCUUGGGGACGUUGGUGGGCAUGGACCAUCCUUGCCAUCUUCUCUUUGCAACUCGUCCUCUUCAUCUUGAUCUUUCACCACUUCGUACCCGAACAGGUCCUGCGAAAAGAGGCGGGGGGCCAGCUCGACGAAGGCAAGAUGACGUUCGGGCAGAUCCUCACCAUAUUCAUGUGGGCUUCCGUCCUCGUCGAUGUCGCUUCGAAAGAUCGAGCGGGCACGCGAAUGUCUUGACCAAAUUUGCGAAACGCAUCAUCUGGGGGACAAUACUCGCUCAUGAUUCAUCAAGAAGGGGGAAGCUGGGGCAUUGCUGACCACGCCCAGACGAGUUUUUGGCACAUCUCGAAGGUGGAAGACUGAUCAUUGCGAGGGUAUCCGUGGGUAUCCUAUCCCGGCGAGGGCGGAAGGAGGGAAAGAAACAUUUCGGAAUCUUACAGUUGAGAUAUGUUGGCUACACACCUGUACAAUUAC